GAGGGCAACCUGGAGCACGCCUUCAUCCUCUACCACAAGUACAUCAUGCUCUUCAUCGAGAAGCUGCCGCAGCACCGCGAUUACAAGAGCGCCGUCAUCCCUGAGAAGAGGGAGACGGUCAAAAAACUGAAGGAGGUAGCCUUUCCCCGAGCCGAAGAGCUCAAGGAGGAGCUGCUAAAGAGGUACGCCCAGGACUAUGCUAAGUACAAGGAGCAGGAGCAGCAGCUGGAGGAGGAGAAGACCCGGGUGGCCCUGAUGAAGCAGCAGCAGGCAGAGCAGGAGCAGUUCCACGCCUUCGAGGAGAUGAUCCGGCAGCAGGAGCUGGAGAAGGAGCGCCUCAGGAUAGUGCAGGAGUUUGGGAAGCCAGAGCCAGAGUCUAUGGAUGGACCCCUCAUCCCUGGCGUGGAAAAGCCCCCAACAGAUUUAACCCCAAAGGUUCCAGUCUCUCCAGUUCACCCAGCAAGUCCAUCAGCGGGGACUGUGCCCUCCAAACCUCCUGUUGUGGACAGAUCUUUGAAGCCCAGUGCUUUGGGGAGCACAGAGAACAGUGCAGGCGUGGAUGUCCUGCGGCAGGUCAUUGUCCCCAGGGAGCUGUGCCACAAGUUCCUGCAGCUGGCUGAUGCCAACACGGUGCGGGGCGUGGAGACCUGCGGGAUCCUCUGCGGGAAGCUGAUGAGGAACGAGUUCACCAUCAGCCACGUCAUCGUCCCCAAGCAGCUGGGGGGCCCCGACUCCUGCACCACAGAGAGCGAGGAGGAGCUCUUUGUCAUCCAGGACCAGCAUGGCCUCGUCACCCUGGGCUGGAUCCACACCCACCCCACCCAGACAGCCUUCCUGUCCAGCGUGGACCUGCACACCCACUGCUCCUACCAGAUGAUGCUGCCAGAGUCCAUCGCCAUCGUGUGCUCCCCCAAGUACCAGGAGACAGGGUUCUUCAGGCUGACGGAGCAUGGCCUGGAGGAGAUCUCAUCCUGCAGGCAGAAGGGGUUCCACCCCCACCCCAAAGACCCCCCUCUGUUCACAACCUGCAGCCACGUGUCAGUGGUGGAGAGAGACGUGGUGCUGCUGGAUCUGCGAUAAGCCUCUUGCCUUGUCCCCUCUCAGGAGCCCCCCACCUUCCUCUAGGCCUAGGGAAUCUGUUUUCCCCUCCUGUAGCAGACGAUUUCUACCACGUAGUGAUCCUCCCUUCCUCCCCCACUGAGAUCCCUGCCCUCAGUGGGAGCCCUGGAACCUCAGUGCCUGGCUCCAGGUGUGGGGAGAAGCCAGCUGGGAGCUCAGAAACAGAAACCAACACUAAAGCAGUUGUUUAACUCUAA